AUGGCGAAGGACUCGACAGAGGCGGAAGAGGAAGACGAGGAGAGGGAGAGUCUGAUGAGGAUGAUGGUCAAGGGGGCGGCAGACGUAAAGGUGGGGCUGGGAGUGAUCGUAGUGGUGCGGGUGGACGAGGUGGUGUGGGUAGCGGGCUUUCUGGAAGUGAUGCCGAAGGACGGGGAAGAGGCGGCAGGAGAAGGGGCGGUGUCGAUGACUCAAGUGGUUCCAGAGAUGGACAGGGUAGAAGAAGAGGUAGAGGUGGAAGAGACGGUUCUGAAGGCUCCGAAGACGACUUCGAUAGAGAUGGAUUCGGUCGCGGAGGAAGGGGAAGAGGAAGGCGAGGUGGAUUUGGGCGUGAUAGUGAAUGGGAUGGAUCAGACGGUGAAGGAGGAUAUGGGAAAAGACGUGGAAGAGGUGGAAAGUAUGGCGACGACGAUGACGACUACAGUGAUGGUAAAGGGGGUCGCGGUAAACGAGGCAGAGGUCGAAGAAGAGGAAGAGGAUCUGGAGGCUCUUCCGAUGAAAGUGAUGGAGAAGGGCGACACGGCCGUGGCAGGCGUGGCAGACGUGGAAGAAGAGGAGGAAGUGACGAUUCAUACGAUGAAGACGACAGUCAUGCAGGCGGUAGGAGACGGCGUCGACGUCGAGGAGGAGCUGAUGAAAGUGACGAUUCUGAUGGCUCCGGUCGUCAUGGAAGACGACGCAGAGGUCGCCACGGUAGUAGAGAUGACUCAGAAGACGAGGAUGACGACUACUCUCGUUAUGGCAAAGGCGGUAGAGAUGGCAGGGGUGCGCUAUAGCAUACCCAGUGUAGAGACGGAUCAAUUGCCUGACGAAAUUCUCAAGCAUUUCGCCUAUGUCGAUGCUGAGUCCGAGAGACGAGAUUGGUCGAAGUCGCACAGUGGAACAUUGACGGAUAUUCCUGCUGAAGACGGCACUUUGGUUGCACUUAAAAAAGCGCUUCUCACCACUACGCAUCGAAUGGCGCAUGUCAUGGAGUAUGCGGCUAAUAACAAAAAAAGCAGACCAAUGAGUGUGUCUGAGAUGGGAUUAACAAUGGGACAAUUUGAGAAAAAAAUUGGGGAAUUUGGAAACUACUGUCCAGUGCGAUUUGCAGAGAAUGAUGAACUCUUUGAUUGCCGAGAAGAGCACACAGCUCCGUUGGUGACAAGGCUUCCUGGGGCGGAGAGCUACCUUCCUAACGCUCGAUACAACUCUGCUUUUGAGUCCACCUCUCUGCGAUACACUGUGGACAUUUCGGAUGCUGACUUGCAUCCUCACAUUCCCACUGAUUUGCGAUUUGCAGUGGAAUAUAAUGGGAAGAUGUAUAGAACAGCAGGACCAGAAGAACUGCGUAAAUUCAUGGCCAAUCCAGAAAAAUACCUUCCACCACAGGCAUUGAAGACUCUGCCAGACGAAUAUGAUCUUCCUAAAAGGCUCCCUGCUGGUACAAUUCCUCGGGACUCCUUUCCACGGCAAAUAGCUUUGCGUGGUUUCUGCCCCGUGUGCUUCCAAGAAUCGGGACAGCGUUAUGAAGGUCUACGAGAAGGCGAUGCAAUUACUUUGGCUGUCUAUCGGGGGCAAAUCUACGCAUUUUGCUCGGAGGAGUGCCGGGAUAAGUUUAUGCAUCGCCCUUGGUUGUAUGGUGAUCUCAAGUUGCCGAACAAAUUGCCACCUAUGAAGGUGUCAACUUCAGUAGACGAAUUACCUCUGCCCGGUUACUUGGAACAAACAGUGGCCUACGUUCUACGCAAUGCACUUGCAAUGUGCUCCAAAUUUAGGCCCAAAUAUCCUUUCCUAUCUCCGGAGCGUUCAGCGCUCAUUUACAUGGCCUUGCAAUUGAAGGCAUUGAAUCCACGCACCCCAGACUACCUUCGACUUAGAGCAAAAAAUCGAGUUGAACGCUUUGAACGGACAUGUCGACUGAUUGACCAAUUGGCAGCAAUCAUGCCUGUGGACUAUCAAGCCGAGAGUCAGCGAUCAGAAACGCUGUCUCGUCACCUACGCGAAUUCCUCUCCCUCCGAGGUCAGGUGGACAACGCAGACAGGUGGAUUUAUUCCAUUUGA